UAUUCUAGCGGACCGGGGAUGACAAAGACAAUGGGAUACCGGGACUGGAGAUGGCAGGCGCUUUGGUGGCAUCACUUCUUUCUCUUGUGGAGUAUAACAGACGCACAGACUCGUUACAGCAUCCCGGAGGAACUAAAACAGGGCUCUGUGGUAGGAAAUCUAGCCAAAGAUCUUGGUUUGGGACUGUCUGAGAUUUUUGAUCGUAAGCUGCGAGUCGCCUCGGAGGCGGAUGAGCAGUAUUUCAGUGUGGAUGCGGGGAAGGGCGAGCUGGUGGUGAAUGACAGAAUAGACAGAGAGGCUUUAUGUGGACAAAGCGCCAGCUGUGUUCUACCUCUGCAGAUCGUUCUUGAAAACCCUCUGAGUUUACAUCGCAUUGAGGUAGAAAUAAAGGAUAUAAAUGAUAAUUCACCCAGAUUUCACACUAAAGAAAUGUCUUUGAAAAUCGCUGAAACUGCAGUAGUGGGAUCUCGUUUUCUUUUAGAGGGUGCAGAGGAUUCAGACGUUGGAAGUAAUUCAGUGAAAUCCUACACGUUGACUAAAAACGAAUGCUUUACGUUGAAAAUGAAGGAGGUUGAAGAUGGAAAAACUGUCCCUGAGUUAGUGUUAGAGAAGCUUCUUGAUCGAGAGAAGAAAGCCGCUCAUCAGCUACUACUUACUGCAUUAGACGGAGGGAACCCAGUCAUGUCUGGCACCUCGCAGAUCACCGUCACAGUGCUUGAUGUAAAUGAUAACUUUCCGGUUUUUGAUAAAAAUAUAUACAAAGUGUCGUUGCAGGAGAACACUGUAAAGGAUACUUUUGUUGUGAAAAUGACAGCAACGGAUAUUGACGAGGGACCAAACGGUGAAGUUGAAUUCUCUUUUAGCUCGCGGACACCUGAUUCCGUUUUAUCAGUAUUUGAAAUAAAUUCAUUAACAGGGGAAAUAAAGUUGAAAGGAGAUUUAGAUUAUGAAAGAACAGCCUCUUACAAAAUUGAAAUAAAGGCGAAAGACAAGGGAGUUCCCGAAAUGGAAAGUCAAAGUCGUCUCCAAAUAGAUGUUUUAGAUGUGAACGAUAACACUCCAGAAAUUGUUCUCACCUCUGAACCGCAGCCGGUGCGCGAAGACGCACCAAGUGGCACAGUGGUGGCUUUGUUGAAAGCGCGUGAUGCUGACUCUGGCAAUAACGCUAAAGUGACAUUGCGUUUACCCAAAGGUUCUCCCUUCUCUCUUAAACCAUCAUUUUCAAAUAAUUACGCACUGGUUACCAGUGGUGCUUUAGACAGGGAGAGUUUCUCAGAAUAUGAUAUUGAAAUAACAGCCACUGACUCAGGCUCGCCUCCUCUGUCCAGUAAGAAAAAAAUACCAGUCAGCGUCACUGAUGUGAAUGACAACCCCCCUGUAUUCUCUCAGCCCUCCUAUAAUGUGUAUUUAAAAGAGAAUGGGGUACCAGGAUCGAUACUGUACUCAGUGUCAGCCUCUGACCUGGAUUUUGGUGAAAAUGCUAAAAUCUCUUACUCUAUACUGGACUCUAAAGUGCAGGACGUUUCUGUCUCGUCGUAUGUUUACAUUAACUCAGAUAACGGCAGCAUCUACAGCAUGCACUCGUUUGACUAUGAGAAACUGAAGGUGUUUCAGAUUCAGGUUCAGGCAAAGGAUCAGGGCUCUCCGUCUCUCGGCAGCAACACCACCGUCCAUGUUUUUAUCCUCGACCAGAACGACAACGCCCCCUCUGUUAUUUACCCCUCCUCCGCUGUCCUGGGCUCCCUCUCUCACCAGAGGAUGCCCCGCUCCGCUAAAGCUGGUCACCUGGUCACUAAGGUGACGGCCGUGGACGCUGACUCGGGCCAUAACGCCUGGAUCUCCUACAAAGUGGCGGAGGCCACAGACGCCUCCCUGUUCACUGUCAAUCUGUACACAGGGGAGGUGAGGACUAAACGCGCUGUGUCAGAGCAGGACGACUCCUCUCAGAGGCUGCUUAUAGAGAUCAAGGACGACGGGGACCCGGUCCAGUCCUCCACCGUCACGGUGUCCAUCCAGCUGGAGGACGGUCUCCAAGAGCCCAUCUUAGACCUCCGACAGAAAGUGACCGAGCCCAGCAAGAAAACUGGGAGAAUCACCCUGUAUUUGAUUCUCUCUCUGGCCUCUGUGUCCGUGCUGUCUGUGGUGACUUUUCUCAUCUUAGCGGUUAAAUGCAUCAGGAGCAGCAGAAGCAGCGGUAGUUGCUGCAUGAGACAGGGGGACUAUGAUGGUUACAAGAACCCCAACAGAAACCUGCAGAUUCAGCUGAACACUGAUGGACCAAUAAAGUACGUGGAGGUACUGGGAGGAGACAUGUUGUCUCAGAGUCAGUCCUUCAGGUCCUGUAUGUCUCCAAUUUCCGAGUACAGUGACUUCACUAUGAUUAAGCCCAGCAGCACCACUGACUUUAAGGAGGUGAUCAGUGUCCUGGAUGCGUCUUUACCGGACAGCACCUGGACCUUUGAGAGCCAGCAGGUGAGCAGAAAACAAUAG